GAAGAGCGCAGAGGCCCACUACUCUCUCUACGCCCCAUGUCAACCGGACGCCCUAACCCUCCGCUCCAGCGCAAGGCUAACCCUCCACGUCCUCCAUAAGCUCUUGGCAAUACACUCAGACCGACCGCUCCACAGAUUCGUCACAGUGUGAGAGUAGUACGGGCUGCGUCGUGCUUACAGGACUAGAACGCUAGUGUACCGACGAUGGCAAGCUCCCUGGUACGCCCUAAGAAACUAGCCCUCCCACGGAUAAUGCAACGAGGCGAUGGAGCGGUCGUGCCUUCUGGCUUCCCACAUGCCAGGAUGAUACCUCAAGCUUCUCAAUUGAUACACGCCGGUGCUGAGUUGGACAUAUAAGCCUGGUUUCUCGCAUUCAUUUUACAGUUGACCACCAUUCACACAUUCUACCCACCCGUCUCCGUGCAGAUCUCAUGUCCCCACCCAUCACUGGCUUACACUCUUACCUAUUGUAAAUGCAAAAUGUCCCAACCCCAAAUCGUACUCUUCCCGGGAGCGUGGCACCUUCCUACAUGCUACUCACUCAUCAUCCCGAAGCUAGAAGCAGCUGGCUAUACGGUACAUACGACCCAAUUACCCUCUGUCACCGACAAAGAUCCACCAAAGGACCUCUCAGCCGACAUCGCAGUUGCCCGGGCCAUAGUAGACAAAGCCAUUGGGUCUGGAAAUGACGUCAUUGUUGUUUGCCAUUCCUGGUCGGGUAUUGUAGUCGGCUCCGCAUUGGUAGGGUACAGCAAGAAAGAAAGAGAAGAAAAGGGCAAAGAAGGCGGUGUGGUCAGGUGCGGAUACAUGUGCGCCUUCCUGGCGCCCGAGGGUUUAAGCCUGACCGAAUCAAUCCAAGGCCCGCCUCCAACAUGGUGGACUAUCGAGGGUGAACACUUCGCACGCCUCACCGACUCGGCCGGAGACAUAUUGUACAACGACCUUCCGGAUUCCCAUCGCGCGCAGUGGUUCGAGAAAGUGAGCCGCACACACUCAGUACACUCAUUCGUGGCAAAGGCCACGGGAGAGUCUUGGAAGCAGAUUCCGACAUACUACCUUAUUUGUGAGGAUGACCUGGCGAUACCGGUUGCUGGACAAGAAGCUAUGACGGCGAUGGUGAAGAACAUGGGAGGUGAGCUCCGGACCGAGAGGCUAAAGAGCUCGCACAGUCCGUUCUUGAGCCAUGUAGAUGAGACAGUAUCCUGGAUCAGGGGGGUUGCUGGCGAGGAUGCAUAGUCAUGUGUUUGUCACAGAUGCUUAAAUAAAAGUUGAUAUAUUGAACGCCUCCGCACUCCAUAGAAGGAUGCAGCUCCUUCCUUAGGCCGUUACUUCUUAAGUAUUAGCUGAAUCAUUCAUGAGGUGGCGCUCACAACGAACGCGGAAAAUCAGCUGACUCAUCGAGGCUGGUCCCGAGUUGCGACACGAAGCCGGUAUCGAAAGCGGCAAAUUUCUUGCAGUCGCUAAUCUGUGCAUAUUGCUCCCGUCCAACGAACGCGCGU